AUAGGAUUAAUUGAAAUUAAUGUUUAAGAAAUUAAAAGCUUUUGAAAAUUCAAAGUUGUUCCUGAACUUUGCAAAACUAAGAUAAAACAAAUAUCAUAGUUAUUUUCAAAAAUUCAAGAGAGAAAAUGAACGAAACCACUAGCUUUUCCAUACACUCUGCACAAACAUUUCAAUUUCUGCCCUUAGUUAAUUAUAUAAGUAUACUAACCACAUUGUUUUACGAUCAAAAUUUAUUAGAAUCAAAUGAACGAUGCCAACCGUUUGGCAUCAUUAACGGAUACUUUGAACUCCUGAAUAGUUCAAGAGAUCAAAUGGAGACAAAAAGACUUCUUGUGCAAAAACUCCUUGAGGGAUCCGAUCUGUACGGUGGAAAUCAGAACGAAACACUUGACAUGGAAUACGUGAAUGCAACUUUUCAAUUUAUUAUCAGCAACAUUGUGUUUUCUGAUUAUGGAAACAUUUAUGGAUACUUGACAAAAAUCGUCAAUUCAUCAAAUAAUUUGAUAUACACUUUUCUGAAGGAAGAAAUUUUUAAUGAUCUAAAGGAACUCAAGUAUAUAAAUCCAGAUGGAAGUGUUACCAAACUUAGUUUGCUCUCAUCAGUCGGAAUUAGGGAUAAUUUUAUUUUACCCUUAUUUCCGGAAGUAGACAUGAAUAUAACGGACAUUGAUUAUAUUUAUGCUCAAGCUGGUUUAAUUUUAUCCCAAUCGGAACAAUUAAUAAACACCACGAAUUUGACAUUUCAUGAUUAUGUUCUCAUAGCUCAAUCACUCGAGUUAACAGUUUCUGAGGUUUCCGAAAACCUAACCACUCGAUCUGCUUUGACAGUUUUUACUCUUCCGGCUCUUUUGUUCGAUGCCAGCAAAAGAGAGAAAUUUACGAAAGAAAUUCUGGUAGAGAGGAUGAAGAACGAAACAUUUUUGACAGAGGUUAUGGAGAAUUUAUUCUGGUACCUCAAUGAAACAUUUUUGGCAAUUAAGCAGAAAGAGUAUGAAAGUAGCUCUUUCUAUAAAUUUAACACCAGUAUGUCAAAGUACAAAAAUCGUACCAUUCUCGCAAAAGGUGUUUUACUGGAUAAAUGCCCCCCACUAAAUGACAGUGAGUACGAAUCCGCGAUUAGUAGUUACAAACUCUUCGCUUCGAGUAGUAAGUGUCCGAAUAACGAGACUAUAUCGUUACCCAACAUUGAUGAACUCUUCAAAACCCAAAUAGAUGAAAUUCAGGAUAAAUAUCGGAUUUUCAUGUACGAGUUGCUCGAACAAGUGUUUUAUGAAUCCAAACUAGUGGGGGUGAUAAAUUCGACAAAAUGUACCGUUUAUGAAAGUCAGGUUGUUCCAAUUCCGAUUAAUUGCUUCCCGGGUUAUUGUGCCCCUUAUCAACAGCGUCUAAAAUCAAAUGUCUAUCUAUUUGGACUAAGAGAAUCUGGUCAGAAAUUCCAUUAUGCUUUAGUCAUGAAUGAAAAAAGUAUAGAAAUCUUGUACUAUAAUAGAAGUAAACCAGAGGAGUUUUUAAACAAAGUAGGAUUGCGAAAAGGUGCGGAAAUUGAAAUAUCCCCAGUGGCUACAAUUUUGAAACGAGGCACAGAAACAUUCGAAGUGUUUCUCGAUCGUCUGUCUAGAAUGAAGGCCAGAGAAUUAAAAACAAGAUUAACUUCGGAAGGUUACGAUAUGACGAAAACAGAAAAGUUGGUUGAAUUUUUGUUAGCAUUGGUACCAUUCUACAAUUGUAUUAGAUUCUCCAAAGAGGGGAACAAUGUAGGUGCUACGUUUUCUUGCAUUGGGGAUGUUCUCAAUUGGAUUCCGUUCGGAGGUCAAUUAAUAAAACUUGGCGGUAGAUUUGGCGAGAUGGCUCUAAGUCAAGUAAUCAAAGCAGCUGGAGUCUCGAUAAGGACCUUAGCAGCCAGACAAUCUUUAUAUCUUUCUCUGAAGGUAGGAGCUUCAUCAGGUUUGGCCACAAUGGCCAGAAGUGUGAUUACAACCAAAGAAAUGUUCAAAGCUCUUUCAAUCAGCUUCCUUCGAGCAGUGGAUCCCGGCUUUGAACUCCUGGGUCUCCUGGGACGAUUGCACUGGAAGGUAGCACAAUUGCUAGGGAAAUUAUUUCAGAAAACUUGGACUACAGCAGCAAGGAAGUUUGCCCUCACAAGUCUCGAUUCUCCGAAGUUUAGGAUCAUUUGCGAAAAGUUGAUGCGAAGAACCGAACAAUCGGAAAUGGUGCCUGUUACUAUAGGACAAAUGGAAGGUUACGAGGUGUUUAGGUACACGUAUGGAGAGGGAUCGGUUGGACCAAAAUUCGUCCGGCUACCAAAUGGCAAAGCGGAACUAAGACGAGUGAUCGGCUUCGAGGUCGAAAAGCCAGUAGUCGUGACUAGAACCAAGUCCGGUAAGGUUUACUACAGAAAGAUUGAUCUGAAAACAGGGGAAACGUACGGUCUGGAACUAAAACUAAAUCGAAAGAAUGUCCUCCAACCAGUGAAGGCUCCAUUUCGAGAGCAUAUUGCAACGAUUGUCAGAGAAGGUUUAAGCGGCAGGGGAAGAGUGAUACUAGAGAGGAGAAUCGCCAUUGUGGAGGCUGUUAACAUGAUGUCUAGAGCGGAUCCUACAGCGAGUCGUCAAAGUCUAUUUUCAACUAUGAGUCAUUACGUCCUAGCAGUUGAACACCCAAUCCAAAAAAGUUUAAACGACAUAAUGCUGGAUCCGAAUUUAGCAAUGGAGAUAGAAGACGUAAAUCCGUAUACGAUACAAAAUCAUUUAGGAAACGAACCAUUGACUAUUGAUCCAAACUUGAAUAAUUAUCUAAUCACCCCAACCUAUCAAGACUUUGCACUCGACUGGAUCAGAACCAGAAAAAUCCACGAUGUAUACAAGAAAUACCAUAUUCAACAUUCGCUCAAAUUGUCAAGAUGGAGAAAUAUGCCGGUACUCGACGUUAUAACAACGUCAAGCCUAGGGACCGCUAACUCGAGACUAAUUUCUGCAUUCGGAGAGAAUUACCAACAAAUGGUGACAUCGGACCUAUCAACAAUUCUCCAUAACUACAAUCAAUAUAACGUUCGCGACCUAGUUAACUUCGUAGAUUACUUUUCACUCAUAGUUUACGAGCAAAAGGGUUUUACCCCCGAACUUUCGAACACCAUUAACAAUUUUAUGAAUGACGCCCUAUACAAAGUAGCCGUGAGACAAACUGACGAAGAACUUCUCGAUUUCCCGAGGAAAUUAUAUUCUAUGGAAUUGUCAUAUAUUGACGAAAUUAAUGAUAAUAUUUUAGCAUGGAGAAACAAUCCUCUGGUAACUGAUUCAUUUCUAAGAGCAUCUAGUGAUGAAGACUUUCUUGAUAAUUUGGGUUCUACGCUGUCUCCAGGUUCUAGUCAAGUUCUUGUAAAAUAUGAAAUUGAUGUCGACUCGCCAUAUUUGUCCGUAUUUUUAAAUCGUUUCAUUCCAGCUGUCGACAAAAGUAUUAUUAUUAUUCCCAACUUAUUUUUUAAGGUCGAUGAAGUUAUUAAAGUAAGGGAUAUUAUACUUAUAAAAAUACACAAUUAUCCGAUUACGAAGGAAGAAUUGUUGGUGAAAAUAAUGAAAAGUGUUAAAGUAAGGAAAUAUUAAAUAAAUAUGAAAGUAUUGCAA